CCGCGGGCUUCCUCUUACUGGUCACGAGACAUACUGCGUUGUAUAUUCAAUUAGCAGCAGAUGGCAACUCGAUGGGGUUUUGCCGGUGCCGGCCAGAUUACUCAUGAUUUUAUAACUGCAUUGGCAACUUUGCCAAAAUCUGAGCAUCGACUCUUCGCAGUUGCAGCACAAGAUUUGUCGAGAGCGGAGAAAUUUGCAAAACUUCAUGAAGUGGAAAAAGCUUAUGGAAGCUACAAGGAACUGUCACAAGACAAAGAUAUUGAUGUUGUCUAUGUGGGAACAAUACAGACCACGCACUUCGACGUUGUAAAAUUGGUCUUAAACGCAGGAAAGAAUGUUUUAUGCGAAAAGCCGAUGGCUUUAAAUUUAAAACAAACUACAGAAUUAAUUGCUUUGGCGAAAAGUAAGGGACUUUUUUUGAUGGAAGCAGUUUGGAGUCGUUGCUUUCCAAUUUAUGAGGAAAUUAAGAAGGAAAUCGAUUCUGGUUGUAUCGGUGAAGUGAAACAAAUAAUUUGUUCCUUCGGUUUCAGAAUGCCCCACAUUCAAAGACUUUGUAAAAAGGAAAUGGGCGGAGGUACGAUUCUUGAUUUAGGAGUUUAUACUCUUCAACUUCCUACCUUCAUAUUCAAUGGAGAGAAACCAGAGAGUGUUAAAGCCCUGGGUUAUUUGAACGAAGAUGGUGUCGAUCUUUCUAUGUCGGCGACAUUAAAAUUUAAAGGAGAUCGAAUGGCGACUAUUUUGACUAGCGGCUUGGUGAAUUUACCCAAUGAGGCUUUUAUUGUUGGUACCGAAGGGACGAUUAAAAUUCCAAAUUUCUGGUGUCCCACGAGGGCAGAAUUGCCUAAUCGUGUGAUAGAAAUUACUCUGCCGACAGGAAAACAUGAAUUUAAUUUUCCUAAUAGUGGCGGAUUAAGUUUUGAAGCCGCUGAAGUCCGUUCCUGUCUUUUGAAAGGAUUGAAGGAGAGCCCAAAAAUUUCGCAUGCAGACUCUUUGCUAUUGGCCGAAUUAGAGGACGAAUUGCGAAAACAAAUUGGCGUUGUUUAUGAUGCAGAUUAAAUACUAAAUAAUAAAAAAUAAACUACUUUUUCUGAAUUUUGAGAGGAGUUCAUGAUUAAUAAA